AAUGAUAGAAGUGCAAAAGAAGAUUCCAAUUUCAAGGCUAUUGUAACGUGGGUACAAAAGAAUCUGCUUGGUUGUUCAUAAGGAUAAGGAUAUUGACUGCUGUCUAUUCAUAUUCUCAGUCAGAAAGCAAAAUCUUGCAUCUCUGACUGCAUGCUGAAGAAUCAUAACUAUAUAAAUACUCGUAGCUCUUUGAUGUGUUUAGACAAUCCGUGCCUAGUAUCAAUUGGCUUAUAAGGCAUGUCCGUUGAGACCUGUGUUCAACUAUAUAAAUCUAGAAUGGAUACUCGGUCUUUGCAAGAGCAAAUUGUGCAAUUAAGGCGGUCUCUAUUUGACCAGGGAUAUCUUGAUGAGCAAUUUAUUCAACUAGAGGAAUUACAGGAUGAUGCCAACCCUGAUUUUGUUGAGGAGAUUGUAACCUCAUAUUACACUGAUUCAGUUAGACUGAUCCAAAACAUCGACCAAGCACUUGCAAAAUAUCCAUUUGACUUUGAGAAGCUGGACAACUACAUGCACCAGUUUAAGGGCAGUAGCUCAAGCAUUGGAGCUAAGAAAGUAGUACUCGAAUGCUCACAGUUCAGGAAAUAUUGUGCAGCAGGAAUAGCGGAAGGGUGUGUCAAGACUUUUCAGAUGAUAAAGCAAGAACAUGCGAUGUUGAGAAAGAAACUUGAGACUUAUUUUCAGAUGUUGAGCUCAGCUGGAGGGACUUAGGAAGGCACCUCGCAUCUGUUGUUGAGAUACACAUGUUGCUAUUAUGUAGUAUUCAGUAAUAAUGUUGUGCUAAAUUUAGUUGUAGAAGUAUGUAUGUACAUGAUAUGUUUGUCGUCUCCUAUGACUUAGCAGCGCAAUUAUAUAUAUACCAAUACAGCAGAAGAUGAAUGCAGAUUUGUUUUCAGCUGAUUUGAGUGUUACAUAAGGGGUUAUUCAUUCCUUUGUUAGAACUUAUAAGUAUAGUGUGAACGUUCAAAGUGCAUGUAUGUGAUUGAAUGUACUUUGAGUGAUAGUUUGUAAUGCGGUUAGCACGUCUCUUGCUACUCAUCUUAUGCUGCAUGUAGCAUGGAAUGUGCAUAGCAGUGUUGAAAAUUUGUUCACUUUUGUG